CCUUAGUGUAUGUGUGUCAGUUCUGCAAAGAUACAGUUCUGGACACCCUCCUCUCUUCUCCAUCAGGAGGCCUGAAUGGAGAGAGGUGGGUUUUAAAGACAAAGAAUAUUCAGUUAUUUGAUAAAUGGUCUUUAAGAGACUUGAACUUUCAAGCUUGAUAUAGGAAUGGAAUUCAAGACAUACUGGUUACUUUUUGCUGCCUUGUGUUUAACAUUGGUCUGUUCCCAGAGUAAAGACCAUCCACCAUAUGCAUGCCAGUGUUUAAUGAAUGCCAAAGAGCGAAAGAACUGUGAUUCCGCCUCUGCAGGUAUCACAGCAGAGGAAUGCACAGCAAGUGGAUGCUGCUUUGAUUCCACAGUGCCUGAUGUUCCAUGGUGCUUCAAACCUUCUGGAGAAAGAGUUUCCCUUAGUUAUGCAAAGAAAAUGAUUAAACCAGAGGCAAGGAUGCAGUGUGGUUAUGAAGGAAUUUCACGCAAGAGGUGCAAAAGAAUUGGAUGCUGUUUUGAUCCAACAGUUUCUGGUGCAUCCAUGUGUUUCCACCCACCAGUAAAUAGUGUUUCCCAGCAGUGUCUCAUGGAUAUAAGUGCAAGGGAAGAAUGUGGAUACCCAGGCAUCACUGCAGAGGAAUGCCAAGAAAAAGGAUGUUGUUUCAAUUCAUAUGUUGUUAGCACUCGAUGGUGUUUUCGGCCUCUCUCUGACCAAGGACAUGCUAGGAUGUGUGGAAUGGCACCAAAGAAAAGAGUCCAAUGUGGAUAUGCUGGUAUCUCUGCCGAUGAAUGCCUGGGGAAAGGCUGCUGCUACGAACAUUACCAGUAUGCCCCAAAGGUCCCAUGGUGCUUUGAACCUUCAGAAAAGCAAGGCAAUUUUUCAGUAAGAAUGGAAAUGGACAACUUUUAGACUGACUGAUGAUGAUGCUUUGGUGGAUGAAGGUGCAAAAGAUUUCAAUAUGCAAUCAAUUUUUCACACAGUUUAGGAUGUUAUUGUCAAACUGAAAUUCUGUACAUUCCUCAUCAGUCUCACUGAAAAGUCCAUUAAUGUUCACAUUCUAGGAAUAUUCUUGAAAGGAAUAAGUGAUUUUUUUGCAAUUUUCUUCCUGCUGCUCAGAAAUCUUUGAAAGUUGUGCUGUUGUUGAACACUAUUUACAAUUCAGAUCUCAUUCCACGCAACAUUUGCAUUUAGUGCUUUUGCACAGUAGAAAAACAUUGUGGAGCAGAAAAUAAUUCUGCAGAGAAAUAUUAUUUUCUGUGUAGAAAAUGCAGCUUUCUUUUACUUUUCUAUUGACAUUCCCAUUUUUUCUAAAUGUAUACUUGGAGUGAAAUGUUUGUAUUUAAUUAUGCAUUAUUUCAGGACUCUGCUUCUGUCUUCCUCAAUAGGAGGAACCUUAGCUUCAGUACUAAUAAAGGACACAGGCUAUAUCCA